CACAUCAUCUCUUUGAGAGAAAUGCAGAUUUAUUAGUUGGAUGCCAUGCUAGCACCUCACCCAGAAGCCAUUCCGCUACAGUCUUCAACCGCCUCUCCUCCCAUGACAAAGCCCGUUGAAAUCAAUUUCUUAUCCAUGUGUUAUCCUGUGUAGAAGCAGAUGAGUGGAUGAGAUGAGGAAAAAAUGAUACGUAGAUGGGUCUAAGAGUCAGUCAUUUUCCAUCUGCACUGGGGAGCAGUUAGAUGUCGAUAUUGUAUGCUUUGGUGGGCAGGGGGACGACUGUGCUGUCGGAGUUCAGCGCCGUGACGGGGAACGCAGGGGCCGUCGCGCGGCGGAUACUGGAGAAGCUUCCGGCGGAAUCGGAGUCCAGGCUGUGCUUUUCUCAGGAUCGAUACAUCUUUCACAUCCUCAGAUCCGAUGGCCUCAUCUUCCUUUGUAUGGCCAACGACACCUUCGGCAGAAGGAUACCAUUUUCAUAUCUGGAGGAUAUUAAAAUGAGGUUUAUAAAGAAUUAUGGUAGGAUUGCUUCCCAGGCACCUGUUUAUGCCAUGAAUGAUGAGUUCUCUAGGGUCUUACAUCAACAAAUGGAGUUCUUUUCAAGCAAUCCCAGCCCAGAUACACUUAAUCGUGUUAGGGAAGAAGUUGGCGAGUUGCGGUCCAUCAUGGUUGACAACAUUGAUAGAAUACUUGAGAGAGGUGACCGUAUAGAGCUUCUUGUUGAUAAAACAGCAACCAUGCAAGGCAAUUCAUUUCACUUCAGAAAACAGUCAAAUCGGCUCAGACGAGCUAUUUGGAUGAAAAAUGCUAAGCUUAUGGCCUUGAUGACUUGCUUGAUUCUAGUCCUCCUGUACUUGAUAAUUUCAUCUUUCUGUGGGGGCAUCACUCUACCAUCCUGCAGAACUUAACAAUACCAAGAGUCUUUGGUGACUCCAAACAGAGGCAUGUAGGGUGCUUGUGAAGAAUAAUAAUUACUCCGUAUUAUUACCGUAAGCAGUAACUUCUUGGGAUGGGUAAGAUCUUUGUUGGGGAUGAAUAAGGUAACUUUAUUUUCUGAAUCUGUGUAAAUUCUGAUGAUUCUCUCACAACUUUCUUUUUUUGUUCUUUUGUUUGUAUUUCUGUCUCUCUGUGUAAGUAAUAUAUAAAUCUGGUGAAAGGAUUGAAAUGGAAGACAAGAAUGGUGUGCUUAUCAAACAUUGGACCCU